GAAAUACAUAGUCAGGAUAUAAUUUACCUACGUUUCCCUGAUUGAAAUUAGAGUAAAUAAGAUGAUAAGUAUAUUUCCACAUUGCCAUAUUUAAAUAUCUUAAAUUAAAACUCAUUAAUGUCAGUUCAUCAGCACUGGGGAAGAAGACGUUGUUGAUGUAGGAGCCCACAGCUGGAGAGGGCCAACAUCAAAAAUUCCUGUGUAAAGGGAGAGGGGGACAAAGGGGGCAUGAAGGGGCUCAGAAUGCCGAGCCACGCCCCUCAACGGAGGUUUACAUCUGUCAAGGCACCACAGGCGCGCGACAUGGACCACAACGUUGUCGUUACAAGUCUGGCCUAUCACACACUGUUUUAGCCGAGUCACGUGGGGACAUCGACAGACUGAUAGGCAGGCAGCAAGAUGGGAGAGGAACUCAUGACACUUCACUGAAGGAGAGGCGAGUUCGUGCGUAAAAAGUUGAACACGCAGCAGCGCAACAUUGGACCAGGGAAAUAACACAUUUUCCAAAGUGAAAACGUGAAGAGUAAAAACAGCCACGGAGAGAGCAGCAGGAAUAUUGGUUGUAUGGCACCUCAGACGUGCGUGAUGAAUCCUGCGCAGGGAUCACCGCUCGCGGCUGCUCCGGGGGAGACCUCACCAGAGGACCGGCUCGCUGCUGGCAUACAAACUGACGAGCUGGACCUGUCAUCCGCCAGAAAGUCUAAAACCAAAAGUGUAGAUUUACCUUUCAGUGUGGAAUCCCUCAUAUCGGACCGGACGCCGGACAGAACCCUGCACUCACCCGAGCCGGGUUCAGGCUGCGUCCGGACCGAGGAGACGGAGUGUGCGUCACCGAGAGGACUUUGUCGGUGCAAACCAGAAGCGAUGGAUCUCAGCGACAAGGAGACGAGCCCCUGGUACCAGGCUCCUCACGCAUCCCCUACAAGUGACUCUCUAAACAUUCCUGGACUUCCCAGCCCGGCCUCGUGCAACCUACGGAAACACAAGAACAACAGGAAACCCAGAACUCCCUUUACAACCUCUCAGCUGCUUUCUCUGGAGAGGAAGUUCCGUCAGAAACAGUAUCUCUCCAUCGCAGAGAGAGCAGAGUUUUCCAACUCUCUCAGCCUCACAGAGACCCAGGUCAAGAUCUGGUUUCAGAACCGCAGGGCCAAGGCCAAGAGGCUGCAGGAGGCCGAGCUGGAGAAGUUCAAGCUGGCCGCGAAGCCGCUGCUGCCGGCCUUCGCCUUUCCCUUCCCAUUGAGCGCAUCUAUGGGCGCACCGUCCCUUUACGGGGCCCUGAACGGGCCGCGGCCCGCCUUCCCCGUCCCAGGACUAUUUGGUGGACCUUAUGGGAUGUACUACUUGUCUUAACCCUCCGACUUUGAACCGUCUCGUUGGGAAAGCUGCCUUUAAAAAAAGAUGCCUUUAUACACAGAAAAUAGCCAACACUGCAAAAGUGUCCAUUUUAUGAGUGUCUGAAUGCUAAUAUUAAAUAUAUGAGAAAUAUGUUGUUAUCGUGAACAAAAUUAUAUUUUCACACAAAUAUGUUGAUAAAACAGCCAUUUUAAAAUGACAAUAACUAUUUUCACUCAAUUUAUUUAAAUCCUUUUUUUCUUAAUGAAGACUUUCUGAGCUCAGUUUUUCAAACUAGGCCUCCACCUUAACAUGUCGAGCUGUUCUAUUCCAAUAGAGACAUUUCUUGAAUUAUCAAUAUGCUUUACAUGUUGCAGGAUAUUAUUUAUAGGCCUGUAGCUUUUGAUCUAAAGUAAUAACUUGUGAUUCAGUCUAAAACAUGACGAUAGCUCACUCAGACUUCUUUAUAAGCUGAUGGUGGAGGUAAAGUUACCAUGUCUGUUUGGUAUAUUGGAGGCUUGGGGCGGCUUUAGCUCAGUGGGGUA